AUGGGAAUUGGAAUACCGUUGGCGAUAAUUGCGUUGGAUGCGAUUUAUUCGAAAUGUUUGGGAAAUAUCAAUCAAAGUGUUAUGCAAGGAGCAAUGAUUGUGGCGGAAGAUGUUAUAACUAUUGUUGGACCAAUUUAUACAUCGUGAGUUGUUUUGGGAUGGGGGAAAUGAGGUUUUUGGAGCGGAAGAGGCGAAAAUACCUGUCUCUAGAGCUGGAAAAUCGAAAAAUUCGGUUUUGGAACGAAAAUACAUGAAAUCUUGCUCCUGGAGCUCAGAAAUCAUGUAUUUUGGCUUCAGGAACUGAAAAAUAUGAAAAAAUUUGCUUUUGAAGCUCAGAAAACUGCUCAUUCGCGCUCCAGAACCUUAGAAAUCACAAAAAUCGAGUCUUGUAGAGAAGAAUUCAUGAAAAUCCUGCUUCUCCCAAAAUACCCCAAUUUUUUGCAGUUACAUCUUCACCUCCUAUGGUUUUGGCGCUUUAUGGAUGUUCAAUGGAAUUGUCGUAACUCUUGGAACUCUUCUAUGGCUUCUCAAUAUAAGAAAAUUGGAAAAAUAUUCAUAA